UUGAUUUUGGGGGUGGAGAGAAGCUGGGACAAGUGCUUAUCAGCUUGAGAAGGAGGAAGAGCUGUGCUGGGUUUGUUGUCAUUCCCACACUGAGUAGAGUACUUGCUGCUUUUGUGGUUAGGCUGCCCUGCCGUUUUCUUUUUUAUCAUUUUUUUUAUUGUUAUUAUUAAUACAAUGGUGUCUAUAAUCUCUGACUUGGAUCCUCUGAAAGGCUGGAAAGUUUUAAGAGCUCUGGGACUGCUGUUUCAAUGAGUUCAGACCUCCCAGUUGUUCACCAAGCACUGCAGCUACAUCUGUGAGAGACUUCCACAGAGUUGUCUGGAGCAUUACCAAGUAACGGCACAGCUAACAAGAUGAAUGGAGCUUUGGAUCAUUCAGACCAACCAGACCCAGAUGCCAUUAAGAUGUUUGUUGGACAGAUUCCCCGUUCAUGGUCGGAAAAAGAGUUAAAAGAACUUUUUGAGCCUUACGGAGCUGUCUACCAGAUUAAUGUUCUCCGAGACAGAAGUCAGAACCCUCCCCAAAGUAAAGGUUGUUGUUUCGUAACAUUUUAUACAAGAAAAGCUGCUCUUGAGGCACAGAAUGCACUGCACAAUAUUAAAACUUUACCUGGGAUGCAUCAUCCUAUUCAGAUGAAACCCGCAGAUAGUGAAAAGUCCAAUGCUGUGGAAGACAGAAAAUUGUUCAUAGGAAUGGUUUCGAAGAAGUGUAAUGAGAAUGAUAUCAGGGUGAUGUUUUCUCCGUUCGGCCAGAUAGAAGAAUGCCGAAUCCUUCGGGGACCUGAUGGGCUGAGCAGAGGCUGUGCGUUUGUCACAUUUUCUACAAGGGCAAUGGCACAGAAUGCAAUCAAAGCCAUGCACCAGUCUCAGACCAUGGAGGGCUGCUCUUCGCCAAUCGUGGUGAAGUUUGCUGACACCCAAAAGGACAAGGAGCAGCGGCGUUUGCAGCAGCAGUUGGCACAGCAGAUGCAACAGCUCAAUACUGCCACUUGGGGAAACCUCACAGGUCUUGGAGGACUCACACCACAGUAUCUAGCUCUUCUGCAGCAAGCAACUUCCUCCAGUAACUUGGGUGCCUUCAGCGGCAUUCAGCAAAUGGCCGGCAUGAACGCUUUACAAUUACAGAAUUUGGCAACUUUAGCAGCUGCAGCAGCCGCCGCCCAAACCUCAGCUACCACCACCAAUGCAAAUCCUCUCUCCACAACGACUGGUGCUCUGGGAGCCCUCACAAGUCCUGUGGCUGCAUCAACUGCUAAUUCCACAGCUGGUGCGGCCAUGAAUUCUUUGACUUCUCUGGGUACUCUCCAAGGACUGGCAGGAGCCACUGUUGGACUGAAUAAUAUUAAUGCACUAGCAGUUGCUCAAAUGCUCUCAGGUAUGGCGGCCCUGAACGGAGGACUCGGCGCAACAGGCUUGACGAACGGUACGGCCGGCACGAUGGACGCACUCACCCAGGCCUACUCAGGAAUCCAGCAGUACGCUGCGGCCGCGCUGCCCACCUUGUACAGCCAGAGCUUGUUGCAGCAGCAAAGCGCCGCGGGCAGCCAGAAGGAAGGUCCAGAAGGGGCAAACCUCUUUAUUUACCACCUCCCCCAGGAGUUUGGAGACCAGGACAUUCUGCAGAUGUUCAUGCCUUUUGGAAAUGUUAUCUCUGCUAAAGUCUUCAUUGACAAACAGACCAAUCUGAGCAAGUGCUUUGGUUUUGUUAGCUAUGACAAUCCAGUCUCUGCACAAGCUGCUAUCCAGGCUAUGAACGGCUUUCAGAUUGGCAUGAAACGCUUGAAGGUUCAGCUGAAACGCUCCAAAAAUGACAGCAAACCUUACUGAUCUUAACCCCAGAUGCUUACUGCUCUUAUUUUAGCUUUCUUAGGACAUCUCCAUGCCCGUUAGCCCAUCGUUUGCCUAGCAUGUCCCUGUGGCGUCUCAAAAAAAAAAAAAAGUUUCAUCGUCCCGUCAUUGUUUCUGAUGUCUUUCUGACCUCACAUCAUAUUUGGUUCUCCUACUGACCUUUGAUCUAGUUUGACCUUUGAAAUUUGCAUGUGACCUCAUCUAGCUAUGAAUUCUGGGAAGUCAAUGUGAAAAAACAUUGCUGCAUUCAUGCAAGACUGAAAUUUAUUAUUAGAUAAAUUAAUGAUAGGAUUUAAAAACAACCUGUGGCAAAAUGUUUUUUCUUUCUUUCCUUUUUUGUUUUUCUUUUUUCCUUUGUUCUAUUUUUUUUUUCAUUUCGUAAAAAAAAAAAUAAAAAAAAAAAACAGACUUGAAAGUAUUAUACAGGGAUUGGCAUUCUGCCUGGUCACUGGUGACAAUAGCAAUAUGUGUCCAGAGGCACAGAAUGUUGGUUUCUAACAGACUACUUCCAAAACAGUUUGAGAAAUAAAACUGUCUGAUUUUAAGUCUCUAGAGGUCUGUAAUAGUUUUUACAUUUUUCAGGCAGUGUAAAGUUUUUUGAUAAGGCCAUUUUAGGUGGCUCACUUUCUCAUUAAAGUAUAUAUAUAGAACCACUUUUUGUAGAUUAGUAUAAGAAAAUAUUUACCCUGUUUUAGGGCAAAUGCUACCUACUUGUGUCACCUUUUGCUGAACUGACUCACAGUUAGACAAUCCAUGGUUUAAUGCACAUGAAAUUACCUAUAUUUUAUACUGUUUCAAUGUACAGAAGAAAGGUUACUGUAAAAUGUGUUACGUUGGUGCUUCUGUGAAUUAAGUUGUGGUUUCAUCAUGAGUCUUAUGGUCUUAAGUGUUCUAUGUUUAUAAAGACAAGUUUAAAAUUGGUUUACUUGAAGAACAAGAACAAAAACAAGAUUCAAAAAAAAAAAGAAAAAAAAAAGUUGUUUGCUUAAAAAAAUGAAUUUCAUGUGAAAAAUUAAAAAAUAUUCCAGAAUAAGUUUGUGUUGGCUUGUGACGCAUUGAUGUCAUUUUUUUAUUGUGAACAAUUUAGAUGUGUUUGUGUUCAGCAAAAUGUGAUCGGUUUUUCUUUUAAAGAAAAAAAAAUCAGUGAAACUAUAGUGCCAAAUUCCAAAGGUACUUUCUUCCUAGAGCUUCAGUGUGUUUCUUGUGUGAAGUAAUUUGAUAACAUGGGUAUUUUAUUAUGUGUUUUGUAUAAAUCCCUAAUAUUUAAAGAAAAAGAGGUUAAAAAGUUUGUUAACUUGCUAUCCUGUGGUCUUGUUGCCUGAAAUUGUUAUUGUUUGUUAUUUCUCUUUGAUGUUUUUUGUAAAACAUUGUAUAAGUGCCCAUGUUUCACUUUUUUAACCACUCUGCACACAUCAAUGCUGUGAAAGCAAACCUCACAAUGUAUUUUCUUCAUAUUGUAUGGAAACCUCUAAGGUGAGAAAGUUUUGAACUUUUAACCCUUUCCACCCAGAGCUGUCUUGAGUGUUAAUACCUUUUAUACAUUCACCAUUUUGCUGUUUAUUUUUAUAUAUAUAUCUAUAUCUAUAAAUAUAUAUAUACUUAGUUUUUUGUGGUUUAUUUAAUACAUGGUUGAAAUCAGAACAAUGCACAGGGCAGAUCUGAAGGACAAAAAUAUUUUACUGCUGUCUAAAUUUCUUCUGUAUCUAUAACUAAAAUUAUUUAAAACAGUAAUUAACUUGUGGUUUUCCUUUUUAGAUUUUGGGGAUUUUGUCUUUUCUUAAAGAGCUUUUAAUAUGCUGCUGGAAUAUGCUAUUCAGUAUUAAUAAAAUAAAAGAAAAAUAAAACAAUUCUUUAAUUAUCUAUUGUGUGAACCACUCCCAGAAAGGAGUGGUAAAUCCACCAUUUGAAAAUCGUGAGGAGAAAAAAAAUAUUUUUGUAAUUUAAAUAAAUGAACUUUUGCUUAAAUCAGAUGCACUAGAUCUUCCUGGGUGAAAAUUCAGCAUGCACUGCAGUUAAACUACUUUUUAUGGAUAAAGUUUACAUACACUGUAAUGUUUGGUGUUAUCUGCCAUUACCUGUAACGGCAAUAUAUUGGCUUACUCCUGCAGACACUCGUAUAGAGAGGAGUAACUUUACUCGUACAAGUAGUCCAUGGGAAUACGUAUGUGACUGAUGUGGGUGUUUGCUGGAGGAAGCUGUGUGUAAGGAACCAGAAAAGAGAUGCUGGUAGCCCUUUCACUGCCUUGUAAGUCUGAUUAGAUUGCAUUUCUACCGCACACGUAGUGACCAACAACCAAAUUUGGUUCUUUGCUACCGGUAUAGCAAAUUCAUUGCCAAUCCAAUGCGUGUGAGCAGCAGUACUUGCUACUGAUGAUAAAGUGCCAUACCUUCUUCCUAUUUCUGAUUAUAUUCGAAGCCACCUAAAAUUAAAAACGAAGCCCUAUAUGAACAACAUCAGCUGGUGCACUCUUGUCUCUCAUCCCCAACUUAAACGCUUCUUUAUGUAGAGCCCUGGGAUGGAAAGGACUAGCCUCUAGUGAUGCAAAAAAGUUUCCUUCUUAUAGCACAUGCACUUAUAAAUAAGUGAUCUAUACUUUUCUCACAUUUUUACUACUGCUGGGGCCUUCCUACACCCUUUGAGGGCUAUUUUGUACUACUUGCAGCAAUUUUGCAUAUUCAAAGUAUCAUCUCACGUACGUUAUAUUAUAUAUAUGUACAUAUAUAUAUAAUAUGAGAUCAUCAUUUGGAUUGUUUAGACUGUUUCACUAAUUUAUCCUCAUUGUAACCACCGUAUAAAUUUCCAAAGCUUUUUUAGAUGCCCUAGUGUGUCCUGCGGGUUUACCAGUCCAGUGAGAGCGGUGAUGUCUUUGGUCAUCAGGCAGUGUAAUUUGGUAUCAGCCGCUGACCCGAGCGGUUGCCCCAAAUUACACUACACAAGACAUUGGCUUAGCAGUGGGAGAGGAGGAACAGUUCAGGAUUUCCAGGCAACUGAGAUGUGUCCAUCUUGAAAUGUAUUUAUUUUUUAAAUCAAAUAUAAAAAUGAAAACCCAAACAUACACCUCCUUGGAGACAAAUUAUCUACCAGUUCUCUUUCAAAAUAUUGAAAGGAAAAAGCUGCAAGGGUGCAAGGGCCUAAUAAGAGAGGAAGAAAAACAAGGGAAAUUGCUUUACAAAAUUCUAAUCAAAAGACUAGACUAGUUGCUUUUUUUCAAACAAAUUAGCUAAUUGUGAUGAAAUGGCAGUCCUCAAAGGAGUAACAAGUUCAUCUUUCUUUCACCAUAGGGGUUACAGUUCCUUGGCUUGUGCUACUCUGGAAUCAUUUUACUGUUUCUGUUUUUAUUAUCUUAAGUGCUAAUUAACAAAAGGAAAAAAUAUCCUGUAGUUUCAUUACCUUUUUGGAUAAUGUCAUACAAAAAAAAAAAGAAAAAAGAAAAAAAAAAAAAACUAUGUAUUUGUGUUUUUUUUGUGCUGUGAGAAUUGUUGUUUGUAGAUUAAUAAUACUAUCAUUUUGUUUAGAAUUACAAACUAGUUUUUAAGUAUUGUCUGAGAAAAGCCAAAGUUAAUGCAAUCUAGUGGAAACUGUAAGACCAUUUGAGUAUUGUUUCUGUUUUAUUGAUGCAUUUGGAUUUUGUUGUUUGAUGGAAUUUGAGCCAAAAAAAAAAAAAAAAACAAGAAAAAAAAAAAAAAAAAAAAAAGCAGGCUUUCAUAUUUCUACAACCUGACUGUACUUACUUACGCAUUUUGUACCAGUGGAACUUUUUAUACUGGAGAUUAAAAACAAAUGGAAAUUUUUGUGGCUUACUCUCGUGGGCCCCCUCGAUCAUGACUGAUUUUCAAGUUUGAUUUCUGGAUGGUAGAAAGAGAGUUGGUUUUGUUUAGAGAAUUAAAAACUUUGGCUUGAUUUCUUUUUUUCCCUUUGCUUAUAUCUAGUGUUUAGAAUUUUGUCUUAACAAAAGCGGUAAGUUUCACUUUUUAUUCUGUAUCGUGCAGUUACACAAUAAGGUAAUUAGAAUUAGGAGUACUCGGUCACUUUGCGUGGAUAAAUGUAUUAGUUAAAACGUUAGGGGUUUGCUUUUUUGCUGUUUAGAUCAGAGUUUUUUCUGAUUCUUCUGUCCUCAUUGUGAACAUAACCGUGUAGUUGAAACAGUCAGACUUAUUUUUGUAACGUAUGUUAUUGUGUGAUGCAGUUUUUUGCUUCUGUCUCCAAUAUUAAACCAUUUUCCUAAUACUUGUCUCUCUACUUUGUGUCUUGUAUUGUUGGUGGUCAUUAUGUGUUGGUAAUACAUCUACACACCUCACUGUUUCACGUUCCUGUUUUUUUUUUUUUUUUUCUCUAUUUGUUGGUUGUGUACAAAAGAUACAGUCGAUUCCACCUAAGUGAAUAUCUGAUUGGGGGGCAAAAGAGGAUUUGUGCAUUUUAGACAUGUUAUGGUUUCUUUGAUAUUUUUUUCUCUCUCCCUCCCCCUAGUCAUGCCUUAUCACUUGGAUAAUCUGUCUGAGCAGGAAGCAUUUUAAAUGAGUUUCCUGCAAAGUCAUAUGGAAGAUAGCUUUUGCUAGUCUUCUAACUGCAAAAGCUUAUGCACACAAAUACACAGAGAAAUCAGAAGCCAUGUGAAAAGAUUUUUGCUGACAUUUCAGUCAGUCUGCAAAACGCGGAUUAUGGUGAUCAAUUCUUCCUAGUCAUUCAAAAAAUACUCUGCCGCUACUUCGCAGAAGCGUAUGAAACAUUCAAGAAAAUAUAGCCUUGGGAUUUCUUCCAGACUGCACAGUAAUCUGAUGGCAUAUGGUGUUAGUCAAACUCCUUAGAAACUAAUCACAGCUUAACUAGGGCUAUGAGAGCCUGCAAAAGCCUACCAGGUAAACGAGCUUGUUACGUGCAGUUAUACAUAUAAUAAUUUAAAAAUAAAAUCCAAGUGAGCACAGGGAGACUCUAUUAAAGCCAGUGGAAGAAUUAAAAAAAAAAAAAAAAGAGGGAAAAAAAGAGUAAGAAAAUAAAAGAAAAGGAAACACAAAAAAAAUCCCCUGUUGUUCAAACGGGUGAUAUUUUUGCUGUGGGUUUACAAAGCAGAUCAUUCUCAGCACUGGCUAAUAGUAUUACACAAAUCUCAAAAGGGACAAAAGAAAUACCAUAGCACUUUUUUUUUUUUUUUUUUUUUUUCCCCUAGAGUUGGCUUUUAGCUUUUUUUGUUUUAUUUUUCCAUUUCCUAUAAUUUUUUUUUCCUCACAAGAAUCUCUCUGCUCUCCCCCAUAUCUACCACAAUGAAAUAAAAGCCGUGAAAGAAAAAUAUCUAUGUUGUUCUGGUUUACAAAAGUCUCUUCUCUCCUCUGUCUGAUCACAGAUACAAAGCUUACAAUUUGGAGAGGGGAAAACAAAACCAACAAAGCCAAAAACCAAACAAACAAAUAGAAAAACAAACCCAAGGAGGAGAGAGAAGCACUGGCAAGUGCUCUCUGGAAUUCAAGCCAUAUGCCCACUCCCCUUUCCUUUGUCCCACUUUCUGUGAUGCUCAGGAAUCGAAGACCACUUAAAAGUGCUCUUAUGAGACCCAAUGGACACUCCUCCCUCGUGUCUCCUCUCCCCCGGUCCUUCUGGCACUCUGGCUUCGGCUCACACACAGACACCACCCCAGGCGAGGGCUCGCGCAGCACGGGGGCACAGCGCGCGGGGUGUUUCCGUGUGGUUUCAGCCAUGAUGUUGGCUCCUGUGUUUGGAAGAGUUUUGAAAUUUUCAGGUGGCUCAUGAGUUGGCCUGGUUGCUUAUUUAUUUAUUUAACCUUGGUGGGUUUUGUGUUUUUUUUUUUUUCUUUUCUACACUUUUCCGGUUCCACAAAAGGCCAAAUAGGUGACAAGUCUGGGAUAGAAUCCUAGAAUCAUCUAGGUAGGAAAAGACCUUCAAGAUCAUCAAGUCCAACCACCAGCCUGACCUACUGAGUCCCCCACUAAACCAUGUCCCUUAGUGCAUCCCAAAGAAGCUCAAACAUUGUCUUGUAGGGUCAGGGGUCCAAGCAAAUACCUUGCCUGCAACUCUAAGUUUAAUUAAAAACCACAGAAGCCUGUAGAGGACAGCCCAGGCAAGGGAGCAGAUCCCAAUGGUCAGGCUGUACCUUGGGUCUUUUAUGCUUCUAGAGUUCAUGAUUCUGGUUCUGAUUAUGUUGACACCAGUGGAUUCAGUUGAGUAAGUCUGGACUUACAUGAACGAUAAAUCAGAGUUGAUCUCUGGGAUUUCUAGGUUCUUGUAGAUGUCUUUAUUUUAUUUUUUCCCCAAACUUGGUCUUAGGAAAGAAACUGGAGCUUUGUGAGGGGUCUUUUCUUCCAAAAAUAUAAGUGAGUAAAAGACUUAUGCUAUAGUUGGGUUUCUUUUGAAUACUCAGGGCUGAAAGAGACAGGGUUGUUGUUGUUGUUUUUUUUUUCCUUUUUUUGUUAUUUUAUUUAUUUCAACAAUGGGGAAAAAUGAGUUCCUUAAAGCAAUGCAGCUGAACAGUUUGUCCUGCUUAAAUGCAUGCUUUUAAUUUCAAUUAUGUAAGGCACCUUGCAGUGUUAGCAAAAUGUCUCUUUGUUAGCUAUAUGUGUAUCGCCAUGGGAAAUUACCAAACUGUCACAAGACUUGCUGAUUAAAGAAUAGCCUGCCAGAGUGUGUGUGCCUUUGCCCAGUGUGACUCUUAGGUAUUAGGCUAAGGAAAACAGUUUAACAAAAUGUAGUGUGAAUCAUUCCUGAUAAGUGAAUAAAGCAUUGUGACCAAGCAAUCAGAUUAUUCACUUAUCAGGAAUCGACUGUACUGAGAGUUUGCCUGAUUGUUUUUGUUCCUCAUCUCUGUUGUAGUUUCACUACUUUGCUGUGUUCUGUUUUUUCUCUCAUGCUCUUAGCAAAAUCACUGGGAAUAUCCCUUCGUGUGAUCAUGAAACAUGCUACUGAGUAACAAAUAAAAAAAUUUUUAAAAUAUAAAAAUGAUAUCUUAACAAAAUCUAUGCACUUGCUAUCAGGAACACAAUACUGGAUGUGUCUUAUAUAUAUUGAACUAUAAUAGUAUUCGAUUUCUUAAAUAAAGCUUAAGAAAGGA